AUGGAUCAAGGGCAGCAGGGAGAAUUGAACUGGCGCCUCAGCGCGCACCCGAUCACGCUACUUGUCUUCUUGGGAAUCCGCAUCGGUGCCUUGCUGAUGUACCUCUUUGGCGUCCUCUUCAUUGACAACUUCAUCCUUGUAUUCAUCCUGACCCUGCUCCUCCUCUCCGCGGACUUUUAUUACCUCAAGAACAUUGCUGGACGUCGACUUGUUGGCCUACGAUGGUGGAAUGAAGUCAACACCACCUCUGGCGACUCACACUGGGUCUUCGAGUCCGCAGACCCCAAUGUUCGCGCGAUCAGCGCCACUGACAAGCGGUUCUUUUGGCUGAGUAUGUACGUCACACCAGCUUUGUGGGUUGGCCUGGCCGUGUUGGCCAUCGUGAGGCUGGUUGGUGUUAUUUGGUUGAGCUUGGUUGGCAUUGCCCUUAUUCUGACGAUUACCAACACGGUGGCUUUCUCCCGUUGUGACAAGUUCGGCCAGGCAUCGACAUUCGCGAACAGCGCCCUGGGAGGUGGAAUCGUGAACAAUAUUGCCGGUAGCCUGCUGGGCAGGCUCUUCCGCAUGUCUGACAUGUGGGAGCGGGCCGGUUCCACUGACUGGGACCACAAGAGCAACGAUGGCCUGGAGGAAGGAGACGGCAAUAGCUGGAUUAUUGAUCAAGGCGAUGAGAACCAAAAGCCCCAACUCGGCGAUGACCAUAUGUGCCGCAACUGUGGCGGAAAUGACCACUUUGCCCGAAACUGUCCAAAUCCUGAUAUCGAUGCUGGACAUCACAACGAAGGUGACCACGGCGGCUACUCGCAAGGAGCGUGCUUCAACUGCAACGAAGAGGGGCACAUGAAGGCAGACUGCCCUAACUCCCCUCAGCAAUUCGGGGCCUGCUACAAUUGUGGCGAAAAGGGUCAUUCCAAGGCCGAAUGUCCCAAGCCUAAGGUGUUUACCGGCACCUGCAACUUCUGCGGUACGGAGGGUCACCCAGCUGCACGCUGCCCUCUCCGAGAACCCAUCGUCUGCAAGAACUGCAAGGAAGAAGGCCACUCGGUGAAAGACUGCCACGGAAACCGCAAGUUCGAUAUGUCCGGCGUUGAAGACAAGUCUCCUGAAGACGCUUGGGCUAUGAUGAAGGAGGCCUGCGAUGGCGAAAUCGAUGACUUUCGCAAGGCCAUUCAGGUCUACUCAAAGGCGUGUCCAGCUGCGAAUUAUCUGGACAUUGCCAAGAGGAUGCGUGAGGAGAAUUUCAAACUUCAUCUCAUUGGCCUUGAGAACCCUGAUCAGGCCGAUAACAUGACCCUUAUUGACUUGCAGGGCCAACUGGACCGUCAGUAUCUAGUCGGACUUUUCAGAAGCCAGAAAGUCUGCCGAAAGGCCCUCAAGGAUCGUUGGCCCGAGAGCGAAUAUGAGAACAUGAAUCGUCUGAGUAAUGCGGGACUUCCCUACGAUCGCCUGGUCGCCAAGUGUCGCAACUGUGAGGAAUUCGGUCACAUUGCCAAGCACUGCCCCGAGGAGGUCAAGGAGGUCUCGAAAGUCGAGAUCAUCUGCCUGAACUGCAACAACGUGGGCCACCGUGUUCGCGACUGCCCCCAACCGCGCACAAGCAAGCACGGUUGCCGCAAUUGCGGUGUUGAAGGUCACCAAGCCCGGGAAUGCCCCGAGCCACGCUCUUUUGCUGAUGUUGAAUGCCGCAAAUGCGGCAAUACCGGUCAUUUCGCAAAGGACUGCACCCAGGACGGUGGUGGCGCUGCUCGCACUUGCCGCAACUGUGGAUCUGAGAAUCACCUUGCCCGUGAAUGCGACCAGCCGCGCAACCCUGAGACAAUUCAGUGCCACAAUUGUGACGGGAUGGGCCACCCCGCCCGUGAAUGCCCCAUGCCCAAAAAUUGGUCCAAGGUCAAGUGUAACCGCUGCAAUGAAAUGGGCCAUACCGUGCGACGAUGCCCUCAGCCUGAAGGCUCCGGCGAGAACGAACAAGGUGGCCAUGGACAGGAUAGUCAGUCCCAUUACAAUACUUGGGACUCCUCCAACGAGGUCACCGAACAAUUCGGGCAGCUAAAUGUCAGCAAUGCCAACGAUACCGAGCCCUCGUGGUGA